UGUCCUGGGUGUACUGGUACCUGUAAAUUUAACGCAACACUUGGAAGAUGUCACUGCAAAUGUCCAGCGUUUGUCCUUGGAGAUGUGUGCGUUUUUGGAGAGAAUAUUACCUCUGCUCAUAUUGAUACUGGAGCAAUACCAACUCGAAAAGUCAAUUUUUCUUUGAAAAUCAACAUCACUUUUAAUGAGGCUUUCAAUAAUUUGAACUCACAUAUAUCUUCAGAAUUCAUCAAAACAUUAAAACCGCAGCUUGAAGUCCUGUGCAAAGAAGCAGAUCCACAAAGCUAUAAAACUCUAAAAGUCAUCAAGUUAUCACCAGGAAGUGUUGUUGCAGAGACCGUGGCAGAAUACAACUAUGCAAACAAUGAAACUCAAAUCGAGUUUGUCAACACUCAGCUUGAUGGAGUGUUGACUGCUAUCUUGAAGGACACAAGUAACCUCAAUAAUAUUUCUCAGGCCUUUAAUGCAAGUGUGCUGUUAAAUGGAAUCACUUUACCUUUCCCUGAGAUUACAAAUAUCAAAGACCUGGAGCCUUUUGUUAACUGCACUCAGUUUGCUAAUUACACCGCUGAGAUUAGUAAUGGUCAAUGGCAGUGUGUUGGACCUUGCGAAACAAACCCAGAUUACUGUCAUCAACAUGGAGAAUGCCACAAUGACAUUUACAAAGGGCCUAUUUGUAGGUGCUUUGAGUCUAGCCUGGAGCAGUUUUAUGGCCCACAAUCUCAUGUUAUCGAGUAUGUGGGACUUAACUUCCAGUUUUAG